UUUUUUUUUGUUCUCCUUUUUGAAUACAUCUAUAUGGAAAACCAUUAUAACGACCCAGCUUUUGCAUCUGCUUGGCAUGAUGGUACUUUGACUAAUGAACAAAUAUUAGAAUUAACUCCUGAUCAAACUGAAAGGUAUCAGUUACAUCAACAAUAUUUAAAAGAACAUAAAGGUCAUGAAUCACAACAUGAACUGAUGGCUUUCAUUCUAUUAUUUGCUUUAUUCUCUUCUCAAUUCUUGAUCUUAUAUUGGAAAAAGAAACAUUAUUCUUCAUAUCAAAUUGUCAGUCUUACCGGUCUAUAUAUAUUCCCUGCAUUAUUUGCUUUAUAUGAUGGAUGGCCACGUUUCCUUACAGUUUGGACUCUUUUUUCAAUUGUUAACGGAUAUGUCAUUCACAAGGCAUCUCGCAAACCUUUGGAAGCUAUGACUCCUAGAAUGGUAUACAAAUGGUAUACAGUGCUUUACAAUGCUUCUUUUGUUAUUGGUUUAACUGGCUAUUGUAUGAUGAUAUUUGUAUUCUUCGGUUUUGCUGCAUUAUUCAAUGCGGGUCCCGGUCUUAUGCAAGCUGGCAUAUUAUUCCUAAGUUAUGGAUUAUACUUUGGUGUACUUGGUCGUGAUUUUGUGGAAAUUUGUUCAGAUAGAAUGGCAUCUACUAUUGGUUAUUAUUCAAAGGAAGGCUUACCUCAAAAAAAUUUACAAGGUGAGAUCUGCGCGGUAUGUGGUCAAGCCACCUCUCAUCAAGCUAAUGUAGCAACUCUGGCUGAUCAACCUACUGGAAAACCAAUGUUUGUGGAUGAUGAAAUUCAUCAAUUGGCUUGUAAACAUGUGUUUCAUGAAAAAUGUAUUCGUGGCUGGUGUCUCGUGGGAAAGAAAGAUAUUUGUCCUUAUUGCAAAGAAAAAGUGGAUUUGAAACGAUUUAAGAAAAAUCCAUGGGAUACUCAACAACAACUAUAUCUCAACUUACUGGAUGGUGUUCGUUAUCUUGUAGUAUGGCAACCAGUUAUUUUUGGUGCAGUACAAUUAGCAUAUUACCUUUUUGGAUUGGACUAGUUUGAUAGAGACUGAUACAUAAUGAUACAUAUUUAUAUACAUACUAUUCUUAUACGAACGUCAAACUUUAUUAUAUAUCUUUAAUGUUGAUUAAAAAAAAAAAAUAAACUUCAAUAUUUUAUGCAUAUAUGUAUGUACAUACUUGCGAUUGUC